AUGAGAAGGUUCUUAAGACCCGGACACGAUCCAGUGCGAGAGAGGCUCAAACGUGACCUUUUCCAGUUUAACAAGACUGUGGAACAUGGAUUUCCCCACCAGCCCAGUGCCCUGGGCUACAGCCCAUUUCUCCAUCUCAUGGCCAUUGGGACACGAUCAGGAGCCAUCAAAUUAUAUGGUGCUCCUGGGGUGGAGUUCAUGGGUUUACAUGAAGAAAACAACACUGUAAUGCAGAUUCACUUUAUACCUGAUCAGUGCCAGCUGGUGACAUUGCUGGAUGAUAACAGCUUGCACCUCUGGAGCCUGAAGCAGCAUGGAGGAGCAUCUGAGCUGCAGGAAGAGCAUCGUUUCACCCUCAGAGGGCCACCUGGCUCUCCACCAAGUGCCACCCAGGUAACAGCUGUGCUUCCACAUUCCUCAAGGGAGGUGCUGUACCUCGGCACAGAGAGUGGCAACAUCUUCGUGGUGGAGCUGCCCUCACUUCGAGUGCUGGAGGACAGGACCAUCACCCCUGAGGCCGUGCUGCAGCGGAUACCAGAAGAUAACUGCAACAGGCGAUCCUUUGAACUGGUGGAAGCACUUCAGGAGCAUCCUAAGAAUCCUGACCAGAUCCUAAUUGGAUACAGCAGGGGCUUGAUUGUCCUCUGGGACCUGCAGAACAACAAAGCAACACAUCAUUUCCUGGGCAGCCAGCAACUGGAGAACCUUUACUGGCAGAGGGAUGGCAGUAAAUUCAUUAGUUGUCACUAUGAUGGAAGUUACACCCAGUGGCCAGUAUCCAGUGACAACAGGCAGCCAGAGCCUCUGGAAAACACUGUGCCUUAUGGUCCUUUUCCUUGCAAGGCCAUCUCAAAGAUCUACUGGCAGACAACAAAAAAUGGGCUUCCUUACAUAAUAUUCCAAGGAGGAAUGCCCCGGGCUAGCUAUGGGGACCGCCACAGUAUCUCUGUUAUCCAUGGCAGCCAGCAAACAGCCUUUGACUUUACCUCACGAAUUAUUGACUUCUUUAUAAUCUUCAGUUCAGAUCCUGCUGCAGAGUUUGAUGACCCCUCUGCCCUGGUGGCACUGGCAGAAGAGGAGCUCGUGGUCAUAGACUUGAAAAGUGCAGGCUGGCCAGCAGUGCAUCCCCCAUACCUGGCCUCCCUGCACUGCUCAGCCAUCACCUGCUCUCACCACGUCUCCAACAUCCCACUGAAGCUCUGGGAGCGGAUUAUCAGUGCUGGGAGCAAGCAGAACGUUCACUACUCCAGUAUGCCGUGGCCGAUUGAUGGUGGCACCAACAUCGCUCCAGAUCCUCCGCAGAGGGACUUGCUGCUCACGGGGCAUGAGGAUGGCACAGUGAGGUUUUGGGAUGCCUCUGGUGUCUGCUUGCACCUCCUUUAUAAGCUGAGCACAGUGAGAGUGUUCCUGACAGAUGCUGAUCCCAAUGACAACAUGAACACCCUGGGGGAGGAUGAAUGGCCUCCGCUCCGCAAGGUUGGUACUUUCGAUCCUUACAGCGAUGAUCCAAGACUUGGGAUCCAGAAGAUCUACUUGUGUAAAUACAGUGGAUACUUGGCUGUAGCUGGUACAGCAGGACAGGUGCUGGUGAUGGAACUGAAUGAUGAGGAUGCAGAGCACGUGGUGGACCAUGCUGAAGCAGAUCUCCUGCAGGACCAAGAGGGCUAUCGAUGGAAAGGUCACGAGAAGUUAAAAACUCGAGAUGGACCUGUUCGGUUUGAAGCUGGUUUUCAGCCAUUUGUCCUUGUGCAAUGUCAGCCACCAGCUGUGGUCACCUCUUUGGCCCUGCACUCGGAGUGGAAACUUGUGGCCUUUGGUACCAGUCAUGGGUUUGGGCUUUUUGACCAUCAGCAGAAGCGACUGGUCUUUGUCAAGUGCACACUGCAUCCCAGUGACCAGCUGGCCUUAGAAGGUCCCCUGUCUCGGGUGAAAUCCUUGAAGAAGUCCCUCCGUCAGUCAUUCCGGCGGAUCAGAAGAAGUCGCGUGUCCAGUAGGAAGCGGCGAGGAGCUGCUGGGAAUGCUUCACAGGUGCAAGAAGCAAAUGCCAAGUUUGACCAGGAUGCGUUGCAGGAGAUGGAACUGGCUCCGGUGCAGCGCAAGAUCGAAGCGCGCUCAGCAGAAGAUUCUUUCACUGGCUUUGUGCGAACCUUGUAUUUUGCUGAUACCUUCCUGAGAGACAGCUCUCGGCACUGCCCGUCCUUGUGGGCUGGCACCAAUGGAGGGACAGUCUACGCUUUCUGUUUACGGAUUCCUCCAGCUGAGAGGAGGAUGGAUGAGCCUGUGAGGGCAGAGCAGGCCAAAGAGAUUCAGCUGAUGCACAGGGCUCCUGUUGUGGGGAUACUUGUGUUGGAUGGACGCAGCACUCCCCUCCCAGAACCUCUAGAAGUAGCACAUGACCUUUCCAAGAGUCCUGAUAUGCAAGGCAGCCACCAGCUGCUGGUGGUAUCUGAAGAGCAAUUUAAGGUCUUCACAUUGCCCAAGGUCAGCUCCAAGCUGAAGCUCAAGCUGACAGCCCUGGAGGGCUGCAGGGUACGGAAGGUGACAGUUGCCAACUUUGGCAGCUGCAAGACUGAUGAUUACAGUGAGAACGACCUGGCAGUGCUGACCAACCUGGGAGACAUCCAGAUCAUCUCCCUGCCCUUCCUCAAGCUGCAGAUCCGCUACCCCUGCAUCCGCAAGGAGGAUGUGAGUGGCAUUGCAUCCUGUGUCUUCACCAAAUAUGGCCAAGGUUUCUAUCUGAUCUCACCCUCGGAGUUUGAGAGGUUUUCCCUUUCCACCAAAUGGUUGGUGGAGCCCCGGUGCAUAGUGGAGGUGCCAGAAGUGACCAGCAACAACCACGUGCACAACAAGUCUGGCACAGAGAAUGCUGCAAGGAAAUCCAGGGGACCAGGAAAGAGCCCAGGUGACAGUGGAGAAGAUGAAAGGAAGUCUGGGAGGCUGAUGGAACAUGCUUUACUCAAUGACGAAAAAGUGCUGAAGGAGAUCCAGAGUACUCUGGAGGGGGACAGAGGCAGGAGAGAUCACAUUCCCACAUCCCCAAGGAACAGGACUCUGAGUAUUCGCAUACAGGAGCUAUGCAGAAAGAAAUUUGGCAAGAAGUCCGUUAGGACAUGGACUAAGUAA